GUUUGGGGAAUAAGAAAUAAGAAUACUUAACCCACACUUGAGUUUACAAAGAUGGAAACUUCCAGAAAUCAUUGAGAAAUUUCUGCUGAUAAAGAUUUCUGGGAACCUGAUGUGGAAAAUGAGUUGAAAGCAGUGAAGUGCUGUGGCUCAAGAAUUAAUUUUAAAGCAGUCAGCAAUGGGUGACGACUCUGGUGGCAUUUACUGGAUUUUCUGGGAAUUGAAUCUGAAAGAAAUAGCAAGGAAUCCUUGAAAAUGUCUCCAGAAUAGAUCACUUAUAUGACCAUAUUUUCUUCUGGUUUAAAAUUCUUAAGCAGCAUUUCAGAUAUUCAAGAAGCUGUCAUGUUCUGGUCAGGUCAUUUCCUAGGAUUCUAACUAUAGCCUUCAGACAGGAGUGAUGGGAUACCACCUGUUCCUAGGCUCUGUGUUUCCAUUUCUGGAAGAUUAACACUUGAGGACUAGGAAGGGAACAGGGGGAAACAGUGAUCAAGAAAUGAAAACAGGGCUUAUGCAAACGAUAGGGGAUCUGGGACAAACUGGAUAAUUAGGAAGGUUUUGUCUCAUCAAGGCAAGCUGAUGAGAACAUCUUCAUCUUUUUGGAGCUUAGUUUAAAAUGUAUGACACUUCUGAUAAAAAAAUUACCAAUUACGUAGUCUGCUUAGUUCUCAAAAUGAGAAUUCCUGUUCUAGAAGUUUAAUGAUGUCCCUAAAGAAAACAGUGAAAGGAAACUGGAACACAUACUUCCAACGGUUUUGAAGCUGAGUAAUGAGCAGGCAGUUGUGGCAAGGUAAGGCAGAUCACAAACAACUGCAAGUCUGUUUCCAGCCUCACCGAGCAGCCUGAGACCUGGCACCUGCAGCUUGUUGUGGGCAGCGGUUUUCCUCUCUUACAGCCUUUUGUGUACACCAGAGGGCAGAGCUGCUUGAUGUGGAUGGAAGGGAAGGGAAAUGGCUGGUUUUCCCAAGAGGCAGAUACGUGCCUAAGCUUGGAAGAAAUCACCUUGGAAGGAAUAAUGAAGUGUGUGAUCUUUGCACUCACAAUUUUUGUAGUGAAUUGGAGGCCCAGGAGUCCCUGGACCCGCUGCUCGAGAUCUUUAAAAGUCUCCCUAAAGGAAAGUGAUGUGGGCUUGCUCAGUCACCGCCUGUGGUACCUACCACUGGGAUGUAUGGUGGACCUUUAGGUAUGGGGCUCGCUGGGAGGCAGGUCGUUGGGGUCAUGCUCUCGAAGGGCGUAGCAGGACCUGGCCCCUUCCUCUCCUUUGCUUCUUGGCUGCCAUGGGACAGAGCCACGUGUUUCUGCUGUACCCACUACCAUGUUUUCUCUUGCUGCAAGCCUGGGCCGGAGGUCUGAAACAGUGGACUAGUAUAAAACUUCACACUUCAUAGCAGCGGACUCAUUUGGGACACUUAGAUAACAGGAGUGGAAAGCUAACACACCAGCCAGCGUGCUAGUUGUGUUAUCACAGUUAUUCUUCCUGUUUACUACAGCCCUCUGGUUGGUCUGGAGUCCCUGCACACCAGCCGUCACCGUGGUAGCGCCUGCCUGCCUGCCUGCCUGCGGCAGGGUGCUUAUACACAGGAGUAUACCACAGCAGAAGUGCUGGGAAUGUGCUGGCAGCUGACCCAGCCCAGCCACGUCCACCGAGUAAGGACUUCUGACUUUCAUAAGAACCUCAUUAGUUACCAACUGAAUCAAGGCUUGGUGGUGUGUUGUUUUAAAGCAGAAGUUUCAGUAAUGCAUGUCUAAAACUCAUAGACAUUAUGGUGGAAUCUUGCAUUGCGUGGCUAAAUCGACACUAAAUAUAGACCACCAAUUAUGUGCUGGGUUUAUGGGCCUCGUGAGCACUUGUGAGCCGCAGGAAGAUCAAGAACCAACUGCAGAAUUGGUAGAAAGUCUGGCUGUCGUUGCUCCCGAAUAGUUGAAUUUCCCAGGACAAUGACUCAUUCCUCCCAGGAUGCUGGACCUCAUGGCAUCCAUGAAGAAGGGAAACUCUAUGUUGUGGAUUCCAUAAAUGACUUAAACAAACUCAAUCUCUGUCCGACAGAAUCGCAACAUCUAUUCCCUUUAGAGGAGAAAAUACCGAACACUGGGACAAACGCAGGAAAUGGAAACCGCAGUCUGUAUUUUGUGGGACUGCUCCUGGUGCUGACGGUCAGCCUAGCUCUGGUGUUCUUCGCCAUCUUCCUAAUAAGUAAGUACUUAUAGGCAGGCUUGUUUGUAUUUGUGUGUGCGUCCUUCAUAGCUGACGCUUCUGGAGCUAGCUAGCGCUUUUUGGCCAUCUAUUUCCUGCAAAAGCUUGGGGGAGACCUAGUGUCUUAAGGGCUCCUUGUUGCUCCUGGAUAGGGUCCUUGUUCACAAGUCCACAGCAUGCUUCCCCAGUGCCAGGUCACAUCUGUGUUUAAUAUUUAAUAAGCUUUUAACUUGUCACCUGGAGCCCCUACUGCCAAAUAGUAUGCAAUUUAUCCUACUUAAUUUUAUUUUUUACUCAAUACGUAGAUAUUUUUCAUUACAUUUAGCCCUAACAUACAUUUCCAUGAGGUUUUGCACACCCCCUCAUGCUUUCUCAUUUGCAUAUCACCCCAGGGAUCAGUUCAGAGUGGCGAGGGUCCAGGCUAAUGGCCGAGUCAGUACUGGGGAUGUGAGGGCAGGUCACUGCUUCCCUGCUUGGUGCUAGCUUCCGUCCUGCCUGCUUCUGGCCUGGGAGGUACAUGUCAUACCCUUAAUUGGUGACACAGAGGCUUGCCCACAUCUGCUCCUCAGCAUAGAUACCCCUCAGUGGAUUCAUGUCAGCCUCGGGUCUCCAGUCUGCUUUGAGUAGCAGGAGAGGAGCUGCCUACCUGCAGAGAGAGAGAGAGAGAGAGAGAGAGAGAGAGAGAGAGAGAGAGAGAGAGAGAGAGUAUGUGUGUGUGUGCUCCUCCAUCAGAGCCAACACAGUUCUCUCUCAGACGACCUUUUAAUACUGUUCUCUUCCAUACCACAGAAAGCUACAAGGAGUGGGGAUAAGGAGGGUCUUUUAAAAAAUUUUAUUUCAUGUGCACUGGUG